CUGCAGAUUGGCGGCUGGUCGGGCAGCAACACGUUCUCGGGCCUCGUCGCGACCGACACCUCUCGAGCCGACUUUGUCGCCACCCUCGACACGGCCUUGACCGACUACGGCUUCGACGGCGUCGACGCCGACUGGGAAUACCCUUCGCGCGCGGGCGCAACAGAGGACUUCGACACGGCCAACGACCUCAAGAACUACCUCGAGUUCUUCAAGACGUUGCGCACCAAGAUCGGGAGCGACAAGCUCAUCUCGUCCGACACGUCGUCGGGACCUUGGGUCGGCGCAGACGGCUCGGCGUCGACGGAUCUGAGCGAGUUCGGCGACGUCCUCGACUUCAUCACGAUCAUGACCUACGACGCCGUGACCUACUCGGCGGCCGCGACGGGCCCGAACUUUGCCCUAGACUCGUCGUGCGCGCCGUCGACGCAGCAGUUUAGCUACCCGGCGGCGGUCAAGAGCUGGACGGCGGCCAAGUUCCCUGCCAACAAGAUCAUGCUCGGCCUCGCCUCGUACGGUUACGCCUGGAAGGUGCGCUCAGCUCUACCUUUCUCUCUCUCUCUCCGUCCCCCCACGCUCGUUCUCGCGCGCAUCAUGCUUCCCUGUGAGACUCGAGCCGAGCUCGACUCGCUGACACUCGUCCUCAUGGGCUCGUCCACCUGCAGGUCGACGACUUCAAGGACGGCGGCGGCGUCGACGGCGCGACGUCGAGCAUCUACCAGAAGGCGAGUGGCACCUUGA